UCUGAUGAAGUUGUUGCAUGCCGACUUGCUACAAAUGAAAUACAGUUUUUUGAUCCUGCAGAUUUCUCUAAAGGAAUUUUGCAUUGGCUAAGAAUUCCUGGGGUUGCUGCGGUGGAGCUAUCCAAGGAUCCUGGGUGCCAUGUGGCAGCAUUUGUUCCAGAAUCUAAGGCAUUCUGGGACUUUGUACAUAAAAAGCAGCUGGAACAACUAGGGCUGAAUGUUCGGUAACAAGUGAGUGGUCUGCGGAUGGACGCUAUUUCAUGACUGCAACGACAGCUCCCAGACUCCAAGUUGACAAUUGUAUUAAAGUUUUUAACUACAAUGGAUCGCUGUUCUUUAAGAAGAUGUUUGACAAGUUGUUCCAGGCUGAUUGGAAGCCGGAGUCACCCGAAAAGUUAGGCGAAAUUGCCGAGCUUAUAAAGUCAGUUGAUUCCAUGAAGAUUGAAGAAACCAAAUCACAAGGACAAGGGUCAACCUCCAAAAAGCCUGCACCGGCCAACCCUCCUGCAAAGAAGCCUGCUGCUUAUCGUCCUCCACAUGCUAAGAAUGCAGCUGCAGUUCAGGCAGAAUUGUUGGCGGGAGUGCUACAGGAGAGAUGAGCAAGAAUGCACUCAAAAACAAGAAGAGAGAAAAACAGGAGGAGAAGAGAGCUGC